AUGCUCCGUAAACUAUCGCGGAAGGGUUCAUCACCAUCAACGACGUCAUCACUGGAUCCAAGAACAGUUCGAGCUAAAUUUCUCGACUUUAUCGACUCGACUAUAUGGGCACUUCCGAUUGCUACAUUCAUCGAGCAACGUUCAGUUGUAUUUGAUCGCCAACAAGGGAAUGUCGAACUGUAUGAACAAAUUCACAAGGAGUUUAUCGAAUUGGUCGAUACACUCGUGGAAUGUUUCUGUGCUGACACCAAUAUUCCACUGAAAAGCCUUCACGACGCUCUAAAAUCAACAAGCCUCGAACCCUUGGCUGCCGCUAAAGACUUCAAUGUAUUCGUACCGAUGAUGAUGAGAAAGAAUGUGGAACUGCAGCUUCAGGCUCUCCAAAUGAUCGAGUUUAUGUGCGGACUGCUUCCGUCUGUAUUGCAAAUCGAAGAUGGUGAGACUUUUAAGAAUAAAGCGAGAGUAGUUUCACCGGAAGAAACUGAGAGAUACGUCCUUAUUGCGGUGAUGAGGUGGGCCUAUUCAUUUCUGAGUACUGCCUCGAAUGUCGCAUCAGCUCCCAGUGUAGAGGCGACGACGUCACCAGAACAGAAGAAACCAGAUUCGGCAGGUUUGAGCUCCGAUGAAACGCCGUCCAAGGCCGUUGCUGGCCCCGAAAGAACGUCAUCCAAGGCCGCUGGUGAAUCCGAAACAGCUACAUCUACCGGCACAGACUCCAAACCAGUCAGAGCAGCUACAGCCAAGAAGGAUCGACGAGAGAGCAUGCCAGCAGCGAGGACUCCAUCAGCUACAGAAAAGGAGCGACGUCCAAGUGUCAGUGAGAAACCUCCGACUCCGAAGCCAUCAGCCCUACUUCAAGAACCGAAUCGGCUUAACUCUGCGGCUAUUCGUAGCCGAGCAGAAUACCUUCGCAUGCAACGGGAUCGUCUCCUCGCCAUGAAAACUAACGAACGCGAAAAACAGUUGAACGUAAGCGAUUUUCCAGUUAAAACUCGGAGCCGCGGUGGUGCCGAUGACGUCAUAGCAGCUCGCCGAGCAAUCGUGGAUCAGCUGAAAUCAGAAAUCGAUAUUCCAUCAACAUCGUAG